CUGUGUUACCGUCAGGCCGGUUGUAGGUAGGCGAGGCAUGGUCGAUUAAUUCGGCAUUCACAAAGGUUGGCUCGACGCUGAAAGAGACAACAGGGAUAUUACUGUGAUUUGGAAAGAGGUAGCAUCACAACUGCUUGUUACCGAAGGCCAUGACAGAAGAGAACUAGAGACCAGAACGAAUCGAUGACACGGGCGUAGAAAGGUAUGGAGGCACUCUGCAAGAGGACUUUGGCAUGGGGGUAGACUCCACUAAAGAGAAGAGCAGCUGCGAAUAGUCUGAAAAGCACAAUGCAAGCGACAUACAUCACUUGAGCUCUAGUAUUCCUCAAAAUCGCAGAGAUUCUAUUAUAACUAAAAAAUUCUAACAGAAGACGCAAAAGUUCUUGAAUCAAGAUGGCAAAGAAGUCGACACAACUGGACAAGACCAUCUGCAAGUUCAACAGCAUCUAUGCAGAAAGGAGGCUGAAGAAACAGAUAGAUCUUAUCGAGAAGGACCGUAAGCAAGUCCUUCUCAAGAUCGAGCGGGAACAGAUUGUUCUGAAGAAGGAGCUGAAAGACCAGCGGAGACAGAAGAUGUCCAGGGUAUUUCCGGAGCCUCCAGAUGGAGUGGAGGAUGACGAAACUCCGGGCAGAAAGAAAGCAUCCAAACAUAAGAACAAACCGAAGAGAAAAGUGACAAUCGGAGACGACGUCCAUGAAAUUGACGAGGAACUGAAUGGAGUUUUGAACGGCAAUGGAUUAUUAACCGCUCCUGGUAUAAACAGGGGAUCUCGGAGACACUUAGCCAACGAUUCGGACGACGAGUCAAGUCAUGAUUCAGACGACUCAGAUGGAGAGGUAAGAAAAACGCAGUCGAGAAUCAGAUUUGUGGACAUCCCAACGGCGACUACAGACAGCGCGAAUGGGUCGGAGAUGGACAGCCCGUACACAUCGGGCGGGUACGGGAACUGGGCGGACAAGGUGGCCCAUAUGAACCGCUCCAACAGCGUGCAGCUACCCGCCGCGCCCAGGCACACGCAGUUUUCGGGACGCCCCACGACAUCGUCAGGGGCUGUCAGUACGGGAACCACGAGAAGCACCAGUAAUCUCACCUCGAGAAGUUUACAGACUCCGCUGGGCAGAUCCACACCCAUGGGGACUAGGGGUGCUGCCGCCGGCAACAGGCGACCGGUCACGGCGGGGAACGGGCCGCUUUACGGGAACUCGAAGCCGCCAAGAUAUUCAAUCAUCAAGAAACAGAUAGAAGAGGAGGAACAUGAAACUGUGAUGCGCAUGCGUAAAAUCUACCAGCAGAGGGAGAAUGAAGAGGUGGACAACAAGGUGCUGUGUUUCCUGGGUAAGGGGGUGAGGAAAGUGAGCAUGCCGCCCAUCACCACGGCGGAGGAGGCUGAGAUCCUGGAGAAGAUCGGCUCGCUGGUCCAGCAGGUGGACAGGCGGAGGAAACUGAGCAUCAUGCCGCCUAGCGAGGGAGGGGAGGACUGCAACAGGAAGUCAUCCACAACCAGCAACAAGAGCUGAUAGAUAUACAUGUAGGGCCAUGUUGAUUUGAUUAUAUGGAUGACAUCCUCUGGGAACUGAUGCGAGCGUGCAAAUAAAAAGAGUUGCUUUCUUUAUAAAAUCUAAGAGGUCAGGAAGGUUGAACAAAUUAUUGAAUUCACAGAAUAUAGUAUAUCAAAGACAUAUCUUCUUUGAUUUGACCUUGGAAUAUUCUAUGACAUUAGCAUACGUUUUCUGAUAUUGUUUUUUGCAAUCCAC